AUGGCUCCUUCAGACAACCCAGUAAACAGGGACGAGAAGCUCCAUGAGUCGGAGGCUUCUUCCUCGACUCAAGCCGAUGGAGUGUUUGACCCUAAUGAAAAGGAGGCCGAGCCCGCCAUGCGCAAACCCCAACUGGGUUUGGCUAAUGACCCGGCUGCUGGAACGACUCUCCAUCAGCUGGAGAACACCGCUUUGGAAAAAAUCGAAUUGACAGAAGAGGAGUGCUACGACCAGCUAGGCUACUCUUUCCCAAGCUGGAGAAAAUGGAUGAUUAUCUCAGUCAUCUUUCUCGUCCAGGUUUCGAUGAAUUUUAACACCAGUCUAUACUCAAAUGCGCUUACGGGAAUUUCGGAGGAGUUCGGUGUAAGCAUGCAGGCUGCACGUUGUGGAGCGAUGAUCUUCCUGGUACUCUAUGCGUUUGGUUGUGAACUGUGGGCGCCGUGGAGUGAGGAACUGGGAAGAAAGCCGAUUCUCCAAGCGAGUCUCUUGCUUGUCAAUAUCUGGCAGCUACCCGUUGCCAUCGCCCCGAACUUCGCCUCGAUCAUGGUCGGCCGUGCGCUAGGUGGCCUAAGCUCUGCAGGGGGGUCGGUCACUCUAGGUAUGAUUGCAGAUCUGUGGGAAGCCGAUGACCAGCAAUACGCCGUGGCCUGUGUGGUCUUCUCUUCAGUGGGUGGUUCGGUCCUUGGGCCGGUGGUAGGUGGAUUUGUUGAAGCAUACCUGCCCUGGCGCUGGAACAUCUGGAUCCAGCUCAUCUUUGGAGGAUUCGUCCAAGUUGCCCAUUUCUUCCUUGUCCCGGAAACCAGAACAACUAUCUUAAUGGACCGAAUUGCCAAGAAGAAGAGAGAGAGCGGCGAGAACCCUAAUCUUUAUGGACCCAACGAGCUCAUCCCCUACCGCGAACGCUUCUCCAUGAAAGAAAUUCUGAUCACCUGGGUGCGUCCGUUCAAGAUGUUCUUGACUGAGCCGAUCGUCCUCUGCUUAUCCCUUCUGAGUGGAUUCAGUGAUGCCCUGAUUUUCAUGUUCAUUCAGUCGUUUGGUCUCGUGUAUAAGCAGUGGCACUUCAGCACCGUGGCUUUGGGCUUGUCAUUUCUUCCCAUCCUCGUUGGUUAUUUCAUCGCCUGGGCUUCCUUCGUUCCAGCCAUCAGGAAAAACAUCUACGAACGGCGGAUGAGGCCCGAUGACGAGCGUACUCAAUACGAAUCCCGACUCUGGUGGCUGUUGUAUACCGCCCCUUGUCUGCCCAUUGGUUUGAUUGGCUUCGCAUGGACCAGCCUGCCUCAGUGCCACUGGAUUGGCACUAUGGUUUUCUCGGCGAUUGUCGGCAUUGCGAACUAUGCCAUCUACAUGGCUACAAUCGACUACAUGGUCUGCGCUUACGGGCCCUACUCAGCCUCCGCGACGGGUGGAAAUGGUUGGGCAAGAGAUUUCCUUGCUGGUGUCCUUACCAUUCCCGCUACCCCAUUCUACACAAAUAUUGGUGGAAAAUACCACUUGGAGUACGCAUCUACGAUCCUGUUCGCCAUUUCAUUUGUCCUCGUGGCAGCCGUAUAUGUGAUAUAUUGGUAUGGGCCAACCUUGCGCAAGCGUUCGCCUUUUGCCCAGCAAUUGUCCGACGCCCGGGUCGAACUACAAACUCAUGGCCGCCGGCUUUCGAAGAUCCCGUCUGGUUCCCGAGCGAAUUCCUUUGCCCGAUCCCAGCAGAACCUACGCAUUCGUCAAACGCUUGGUAGUCGUCAGGGCAGCUAUAUUGGGUCCCGCCCCGCCUCUCAUGCCAACUCCCGCGUGAAUUCGCGCGCCAACUCGCGCCGGAACAGCCUUUCUCGGUAG